AUGGGUCUUUAUGGGUUUCUAAUCUUAGCUUCAGUUCUUGUCACUGUUGCCUUAGCUUGCUCUGAUGGACAGUGCCGGUUACUUGACGGUUGCGGCAAGGAUGAAGAUUGUGAAGCUGGGCUCCAUUGUUCUGCUUGCCUACCACUGGCAGAAGGUUCUAGAUGUGUUAGAUCAGUCGCUACAGAUCUAUUCAAGAUGAUGAAUGAUUCUCUGCCUUUCAACAAAUAUGCAUUUCUGAUGACACACAAUGCUUUUGCUAUUGAGGGAGGAAUUAAGCUCACAUUUUCAAACCAAGAAGAUAGUGUCGCAGACCAGCUAAAUAAUGGGGUCCGAGGCUUCAUGCUCGAUACAUAUGAAUUCGAUGGAUCUCUCUGGUUGUGCCAUGCACCUGGUGGGAAAUGCGAUGCCACUAAUAAGUUUCGACCAUUGAUAGACACACUGAAAGACUUUGAAGCUUUCUUAUCAACAAAUCCCGCUGAAAUCGUUACACUGAUUUUGGAAGACUAUGUUAAAACUGCAAAUGCAUUGCCGAAAGUCUUCAGUGAUGCUGGUUUGAUGAAAUACUGGUUCCCAGUAGCAAACAUGCCCAAAAAUGGUGAUGAUUGGCCAUCAUUUAGGGACAUGCUCCUUAAAAACCAAAGGCUCCUUGUUUUCACUUCAAAGCAAUACAAGGAAGCCGCUGAAGGAAUUGCUUAUCAGUGGAACUACAUGGUCGAAAAUAUGUAUGGGAAUGGAGGAAUGGAUGAAGGGAAAUGCUUUAAUAGAGGAGAAUCGUCUCCACUUAAUGACAUGACUAAAAAAUUAGUGUUGGUGAAUUUCUUCAGGUCCGUUCCAUUUAAGCAAAUCUCUUGUGGUGAUAACACUGGAGCUCUUAUUAACAUGCUUCGCACUUGCUAUGGUGCUGCUGGCAACCGAUGGGCUAAUUUUGUUGCUGUUGAUUUCUACAAGAAAAGUGGAGGAGGAGGAGCAUUUCAGGCAGUAGACACCCUGAAUGGGAAGCUCUUAUGUGGUUGUGAUGACAUCCAUGCUUGUAUGUGUGGAGCAACUUCAGGAGCCUGCACUGCUGUGUGAUGAAAGCUUACAGAAAUUAGUACUUGGUGUAAUAAUCUUGUGAAGCCAAAGUGUAUAUGUGGUGAAUCACUGAAUUGUAUUGAAGUAU